AUGACGGCGCAGGAGUUCAAAGCCAUGGAGCAAGAUAACGGGGUCACUUCACCAUCCACGACCCAAAGGGGGGAUUCACGCGUGCCGCAGUGGGCUCAGAACCUCGCGACGGACCUCUUUAGCUUCGUAACCAUCCACUACAACGUCUGGGGCGUGCCCUUCGUCGUGCUUUUCUACUAUCUCUACAGUAUUGGUUACGGUUACGUGUCAGUGUCGCUCGUAGUGCUCUAUCUACCGUCGUUCCUUAGUGGUGCCCAGAAGACGGCAAAAGGAAACCCCUGGCCAGCCUUCCGCUCCAGUCACAUAUGGGGCCUCAGCGCUAAGUUUCUUGGAAUCAAAGUCAUUCGGGAGCAGGAGCUGGGCAGCAACAAAAAGUACAUCUUCGGAUUCCACCCUCACGGCAUCAUUGUGCUGUCACGUGUCUCCACCUAUGGCGGCAACUGGGAAAAGCUGAUUUACUCCAUUGGGCGCCUCGACGAUGUACUGGGCCGUGAACUCUGUCUGUGGCUUGGCGGCGUCGACGCCUCCCGCUCCACGGCCGACAAGGUUCUGAACGACGGCACUAGCAUUGUCGUGUAUCCUGGUGGUGUCCUGGAAAUCUUCAAGACGGACCCCAACUCCAAGGUGAACGAGCUUGUGUUGAAGAAACGUCUCGGUUUCGUCAAGUUGGCUAUGCGCCACGGCGCGGAAUUGGUUCCAAGCUUCGUGUUCGGAGAGAAGUGGCUCUACAACAUGUGGAACCCUCCUCAGGGUUUGAUCGACUUUUUCCGCAAAACGCUCAGGAUCCCCGUGAUCAUCUUCUGGGGAAAGUUCAUGUGGAUGCCCAAGCAGCCGCCCAAGGGCAAGCGAUUUGGCGUCGUGUACGGCAAGCCUAUUCCUACCAAGCUGACAGCUAAUCCCUCCGAGGAAGAGAUUCACGCUGUGCACACGCAGUACGUUGCGGAGAUCCAGCGACUCUUUUCGGAGUAUAAGAAGGACUUCGGCUACGACGAUGACGAGACAUUGCUCAUCAACUAGGCUAGAUGGAACUCGUGAACAUGAUCUAUUCCGUCUUCUAUGAUGUGAAUUCAAAGCUCUCUGGAAUUUAA